AUGGCGGCAAGGGACCGCUUCGGGACCUAUGCUGAGCCGGCAAGGUCAACGUUACAGCGAUAUAUCUACAAUGCAUGCGAUCCUCAGAACUACGAACCUAACCUUGCUCUGAAUCUUGAGGUUGUGGACCUCGUCAACUCAAAGAAGGGCAAUGCACCUCGUGAGGCUGCAAUCAGUAUUGUGCAGCUUAUCAAUUCUCGGAACGCCAACGUUGCCCUCUUGGCUUUGUCGCUACUUGACAUUUGCGUGAAAAACUGCGGAUACCCUUUUCAUCUUCAAAUUAGCACAAAAGAAUUUCUUAAUGAGUUGGUACGGAGAUUUCCAGAGCGACCCCCCAUACGUUCUUCUAGAGUACAGCAACGCAUCCUCGAGUGCAUUGAGGAAUGGCGGCAAACUAUUUGUCAGACUUCGCGAUACAAGGAGGAUUUGGGGUAUAUAAGGGACAUGCAUCGAUUACUGCUUUACAAAGGAUAUAUGUUCCCGGAAGUGCGUCGCGAAGAUGCGGCAGUUUUGAACCCAAGCGAUAAUCUUCAAUCUGCAGAAGAAAUGGAAGAAGAAGAAAAGGAGGCACAAUCUGCAAAACUUCAAGAAUUAAUACGGCGAGGAGGCCCGGAAGAUUUGCGGGAAGCUAACCGGCUCAUGAAGAUAAUGGCAGGGUACGAUACAAGACAUAAGACGGAUUAUAGGGCGAAAGCCGCAGAGGAGGUAGGGAAGGUACAGCAGAAAGCAAAGAUUCUAGAAGAGAUGCUUCAAAACCACAAGCCUGGGGACAGUAUCGCUGAAGGAGAUGUAUUUGAAGAUCUCGCAAAUGCACUUCGAAGUGCACACCCAAAAAUUCAAAAGAUGUGCGAAGAAGAGUCCGAAGAUGCCGAAGCAGUUUCUAAAUUACUGGAAAUCAAUGACAGCAUAUAUCGUACAAUUGAACGAUAUAAACUAAUUAAGGCUGGUGAUGUUCAAGGCGCUACCAAAAUUCCCAAGGGAACCUUGGGAACAAGUACAGGGGUGAAAAAGAACGCCGAGAAUGAACUGUCGCUCAUUGAUUUUGAUGACCCUACUCCGACAAACGGGAAUUCCAGUUCUUCUCAAGCGAGUGGAGGGACUUCAUCCCUUGAAAAUGAUUUGCUUGGUCUGUCCUUCCAAGACUCAUCUCAGCCUAGUGGUUCUAUAUCCCUACCCCUGAGACCUGGAGCGGGUAGUCCAAACCAAACCACUCUGCCGUCUUUGGGCACAUCUUCGCCCACCCCUCAACCAUUAAACUCCGCUUCGAUGAGUGCAGCUGCUCACCCCUCAGGUUCCACUCUACAAGGAGACCCUUUUGCAUCCCUCGUGUCAUCUGGCUCCCGGACCUCAUCUCCCUUUCGUCAGCUUCAAAGCCCUAAGGCACCGUCCCCUUCAUCGUCAGCCCUGCUGGACGUGGGCCAGCCCUUCUCGCCCCCCAAUUUACAAACGACAGCCAACGCGCCCGCCGAUGAUGAAUGGACCUUCACAUCCUCAUUACCAGAGGACGCACUUCCAACGUCAAAUCAAACACAGGUCUUGAAUUCUUCCAUCAACAUAGUCUUUUUCUCUCGCAGAAUCCCAAGAGAAAACCGAAUCCAAGUCAUUGUUCAGUUUUCAAACAACUCCACUCAAGCCAUUUCCCAGGUUCAUUUUCAAGUGGCUAUUGAGAAGGCAUACAAACUGCAAGUAUCCCCACAAUCUGGACGACAAAUUGCCCCGUUGCAACGUAACGGAAUUCGUCAGGAACUGCAAUUGAAUGGGGUGGAGCCCGGGAAUGGCAACUCAGUACGGCUUCGCUUUAAAGUCUCAUACAAACUGGGACAAGAAAGCAAGGAGGAAGACGGCCAUGUCCCCCCGCUGGGGGUCAUUUAA